UUCAUGAUUUAUGUGCAGGAAAAUGAGAAGUCCCCGACUGUGAACAAAAAAACAAAGGAUGCCUCGUCUGACAAUAUCAAAGCAGACGGGCUGGCCUACUCUGCUUUGCUGAAGAAUGAGCUGCUGGGAGCAGGAAUAGAAAAGAUCCAGGAUCCCCAGACGGAGGACAGACGUCUGCAAUCGUCCCCGCCCGAGAAGAGGAGUCUCUUCUCUUACUCGCUCAACACCAAAAGCUUGUCAUCAGAAGACGGCACCAACAUCUCUCCCUACUCGUUAUCACCCGUCAGCAAUAAAAGUCAGAAGUUGUUGCGUUCACCAAGGAAGCCGACUCGCAAGAUCUCCAAGAUUCCCUUUAAAGUCCUGGAUGCUCCAGAGCUGCAGGAUGACUUUUAUCUCAACCUGGUGGACUGGUCGGCUCUCAAUAUGCUCAGUGUGGGGCUGGGCACGUGUGUUUACCUGUGGAGCGCAUGCACCAGCCAGGUGACCAGACUGUGCGAUUUGUCAGUAGAGGGCGACUCUGUCACAUCGGUCGGAUGGUCUGAAAGGGGGAACCUUGUAGCCGUGGGAACUCACAAAGGCUAUGUUCAGAUCUGGGAUGCUGCUGCUGGCAAAAAGCUUUUUGCCUUGGAGGGCCACACAGCCAGAGUCGGAGCUCUGGCUUGGAACGCCGACCAGUUGUCUUCGGGAAGCCGAGAUCGUAUGAUCCUCCAGCGAGACGCGCGGACGCCUCCGCUGCAGUCAGAGAGGCGCCUGCAGGGACACAGACAGGAAGUGUGCGGUUUGAAGUGGAGCACUGACCACCAGCUGCUCGCCUCUGGCGGCAAUGACAACAAGCUGUUGGUGUGGAACCACUCGUCGCUCAGUCCCGUGCAGACGUACACCGAUCACCUGGCUGCAGUUAAAGCCAUCGCCUGGUCCCCCCAUCAGCAUGGCCUGCUGGCCUCGGGUGGCGGCACCGCCGACCGCUGCAUUCGAUUUUGGAAUACCCUGACAUCGCAGCCGCUGCAGUGCAUGGACACCGGCUCUCAGGUCUGCAACCUGGCCUGGUCCAAACAUGCUAAUGAGCUGGUGAGCACCCACGGAUACUCUCAGAAUCAAAUCUUGGUGUGGAAAUAUCCAGCUCUCACUCAGGUGGCCAAGCUGACAGGACACUCCUACCGAGUGCUCUACCUGGCCAUGUCUCCAGACGGCGAGGCGAUUGUGACGGGAGCUGGAGACGAGACUUUACGCUUCUGGAACGUUUUCAAUAAAACGCGCUCGACAAAGGAAUCUGUAUCAGUUUUAAAUCUCUUCAAGAGGAUACGGUGACUUUAAGCACCUUUUUUAAAAGAAAUAAAAUCCUGCCAUCAUCGGCGGAUAGCUCAGCCGCCUGGUGCUAAAGACAUGAAGUACAA